AUGGACGAGCCACUCGACUUCGUCACGGUGCAUACCACCCUGCCAACACUGCCCCUUCCCCCCCUAGCCUCGCGACCGCCCAUCCUCACCGAGCGUCUCAUCCUAAAGCCCGUCAGCCAGGAUGAUCUCCUCUCACUCCACGCCAUGCGGACGCAGCCAGAGGUGAUGAAGUGGACAGUCGCCGGCCGCAUCGACGCGAACAUCGAAGAGACCCAGGCUUGGCUGGCCGACAACCUGCCGCCCAACGACGCCCACAACUACAACUUCACCAUCUGCCUGCGGUCUACGGGCGAGUUCAUCGGUCUCGGCGGGUGCAAGCGCGUGCCGGGGCCCAACCGCAGCGGCGACGGCCCCGGCGGCGAGCUGGGCUGGCCCGAGAUCGGGUACCUGCUGCGGGAGGAGGCCUGGGGGAAAGGCUACGCCACCGAGUUCCUGCGGGGCUUCCUCGGGGCCUGGUGGUCUCUGCCCCGCUCCGGGUGCGAGCUCCGCGUCGAGAAGAGCGUCAUCGGCGAGAGGUUCCAGGAGACACUCGAUUCCGAGACGACGGCGGAGAUCAUCACCGCCGUGACGGAGCUGGACAACUUGCCCAGCCAGAGGGUCCUGAGCAAAACGGGCUUUCAGAAAUUCAAGGUCUGGACAGAACGCGAUGAGGAUACACAGGAAAAGACGACACUCGUCGGCUACGGCAUCGAGGAGCCACAGCGUCGAACCAACACGACAAUAGCUUGA